AUGCAUGACAAGGACGAGAAGGUUGUGCCUCUUCCUCUCUUCAAGGAUGUUGUGGGUGGCAGCUGCUGUGCAGUUGUUGUUGCUGCUGUGUCUGGGGAUGAUGCUGCCGGGGAGACGACGAUUCUCCGCAAUGCUGAAAAGCUGCGGAAGGUAAAGAACUCCCCUCCGCGUAGCGGGAACCUCACUCGUUUCAUGGAAUUCACGAAGGAACAUGAAAAGAAGUGCGAAGCUGCAGCUGCUUCGGCGACGGAUAGCGCAGAAAAGGCCCGGCAUGAGCGGACGCUGCAGAAGGUAAGAACCAUGUUGGCGGACGGAAAAGAGCUGAUGGCCAAGCCAGAGGGCACAAAGCCCAAGGUGUACGCUGUUGCUCGCGAUCCUCAGGCGGAGGAAAGAGGGGGUCCCCUUACCAAGUCUUCGGCACUGCGGUCUCAACUGCAAAUAGCUGACAGUGAGAGUGGCUCCUUUGCGAAUACAGGAGAGCUGUGGACUGGCCCCGCCAAGAUUGUUGUGGCUGCUGGACCACAAACUUCAAAGCCUGUGACGAAGACCAUGGAAAUUGUUAUUAAGGGUGAGCCAAAGAAGUACGACGUCGAAGAAUAUGUUGAGCGUAAUAAGGGUGGAUUGUUUGAUUCGGAGAUUGCCAACCAUGUGCAGAAUACUUUGGGGGAGGGCUACAAUACGGCGAUUCUGGGCUCAGAACUUACGCCAGGAUUAUCUGUCGACAAGCAUGCAGUAUGGAUCAUUGUGCAGAAAAUUCUGAAGGGUGUUCUAAGAGAGGCCAAAGCGAAUAUCACGAAUGAGUUCUCAGUUUAUAUGUGCGUUGUCAAGGGCAGGGAAGUUCUCGCGGAUUUGUUUGGUGAUUCAGGAAGGCAGCCGCUUGUUAUUGCGAACUCACCGUUGUUUGGCUCCAUGGUGCACGGAAUGACGCCGAAGAUCUUGAAGAAUGGAAAGGAUGUGGGACCUGCAAUGGCAGAAGCCCUAACGAAGGCCAAGCCUCUGGUGAAGGAUGACGAGUACGUUGUGUGUACGGCAAUUCUGAAGCAGAUCUGUGAAGGAGAUGUGAAGGUGUCCUCGCUGUUUGCAACGUGCGCACUUGACAUGCGGCCUUAUGUAGGGGUGAUGGAGAAGAACCCGGCGUACUCGCGACAACUAAUUGGUCAAGCGUUCUCUGGGUCGUGUGCGCCGGUGCUGCUCGUCAGUUACGCGACGCUCAACGAUAAGGCCAUGGAAGCCCUCAAUUUCCAGCGUAAGAUGAUGCUCCCUCAUCUCAAAUCACGCGGUGGUAGCGUGAAGAAGUUUGUUGAACACAUGGCGGGAAAGGUGGCGAACGCGCAGGAGAAGGCCAAGAAAGCAACUGACCCGAAGGAAAAAGAGCUGUGUGAGGCGGCGUUGAAGCAACUGCAGAAGUGCGUCUCGGACAGUAAGCAACUCCUAAAGAAGCCCAAAGAAACACAGCCUGUUGCAUACUUGGGACAGAACCAACAUCAUCCUCAGGAACAGGAGCCGGGGAGCUCGAACCUAAAACCAGGUUCGAGCUACUUCCAGCAACAGGAGCAAAACCGCAGUUACACCCAGCAACAACAACCGCAACCGCAACAGGGCCUCAGCCAACCCCAGAUAAAGCCAGAGAAGGACGCCAAAGAAAUCGAUGCUACGAUUCGUGUGGUGGCGGUUCUCACCGAAAAGCGUGGUGCCGGCCAGUGCGACGUGACGGGCGACGACAACGGCUUCACUGUGAGCGUCGGUGGGAAAAGCAUGAAAUUUCCAGCGGACGAGGUGGUGAAACGUGCAAGCCACGCGGCUUCUAUCCGCUCCAGCAAAGUUGACGCACUUGUUGACCAUUUCGUUGGUGGUUUUAAUGUGGCGCUCCUGACGGCCGAUGAUGAUGGUUUUGCGGUGGGAUCCGAACUGCUUGUACGCUCGACCCGCAGCGCCUUCGCGAAAGCGUCAGCAGAGAGCGAGAUGUACCUGAUGAUUGCCGCGCUAAAGCCCGAGGAAGACACCGCGAAGGAUCUUCAGGUCGAUGGCGCCAACUACGAACCGCGAGUGCACGCGUCGUCACCCCUCUUCGGGCCGUGCAUUGGCGGCGCGAAGCUCGAGCGCGUGAAUACUGCAGAUGCCGCCCUAACGAAAAUUAAGUCGGGUCUCGGUGUGUGUGAGACGGACAAGGCGGUGCUCUUCACACUACUUGUGUAUAAAGAUAUAAACGCCUCGGAGAAGGACGUGGUGCUCUCCUCCUUCCUUACCCUUUUGGCUGGGAGCAACGUGCAGAUGUACUUGAAGUCCCUCGAGGCGCAGCAGAAGGAGCGCGGUGUAUUGCACUACGCGCUUGGCGGCCCGUGCCUCACCGUCUGUGCUGUUGGCCUCUCUACGGGAAGCGAGAACGCGGACACUGCACUGGCGCUGGGCCAGGUAGCAAAGGCUGUUAAGGGCACUUCUAACUCUCAUGUGCGCAGCGGUGGGUUAAAGCGGUUCGCGAUGUUUUCGUUAAAAGCCCUCACACAGCUGCAGGUGUCCCUAAAGAAUGCGACAGGGCAUGAAAAGGAACGAAUCGCCAAGAGCAACGCCAAUGUGGAGGCAGUGCUGAAGGACGCAGAGGAAAUGCUGCGUGACCCGAAGGACCGGCCGCCGAAGGUCUACAAACAGUUGCACUAG